AUGAACGAAUCAACACAUACAAACGUAACAAACGUUACCAUGGAUGAAAUUGGUGACCUUACUGAUAAAAUCAUAAUUAUUCUUGGUAUUAAUUUAUAUAUAUUAGGUUUAAUUGGGAAUGUAUUAAAUAUUUGUGUUUUUACAAUAUGGUCGCGUUCAGGAAAAAGAGCCAAUAGAAAUAUUCUUAUUAAUCGAACAAAUAAUAGUCCUCUGUAUUUACUAACAUCAUCUUGUGCCAAUUUAAUUCAAAUUCUCUGUCCACUUUUGAUUAAUAUUAUAUUCGAUGGUUUCCAAUAUCCAAAAACAACAGACAAUGUACUUUUAAUAUGUAAAUUAUACUAUUAUGUAUUACAUACAAGUGAUCUUAUAUCAUUAACAUGUGUUUGUUUAGCUACAUUGGAUCGAUAUGUAAUAUCAUCACGAGAAGUUCGUUUACGAAGAUUAAGUACAAAAAGACAUACAACAAAAAAAAUAAUUCUAUCAAUCAUUUGUUUAUUUGCAUUACAUAGUAUUCCAAUUAUAAUUUAUUAUGAAGUUUCACAAGGUGGUUAUUGUAGAAUUUCUUCAAGAAUAUAUUUAUAUUAUUAUUUAGGUGUUUUUCAAAUAUUUUUUCAUGGAAUUUUUUCAAUCUGUUUUCUUUCAAUAUUCGCUCGAUUAAUAUAUAAACAAUUAAAAAUGACUCAACAAAUAAAUUAUCGACGAAAUUUAAAUAGUGAUAAACAAUUAUCACGAAUGAUUUUAUUAUUAUGUAUAACUAUAUUAAUCGCAUCAAUUCCCUAUUCUAUGGAAAAUAUUUAUUCAGCUUUUUUUAUUGAUUUUACUCAAAAAUUAUCAUCGUAUGCUCGUGUUUUUAAUUAUACAUCAAUUAUUUUAUUUUUUACAGAUGAAGUAUUAAGUUUCUAUGUUUUUUUUCUUUCAACACCAAAUUUUCGUCAAGAAGUUAAAAAUAUAAUUCGAUGUAAAAAUUGUGAUCAUCAUUUAGAAAAUAAUCAAGUUUAUCCAACAAACUAUAGAGUCAAUAUUCACUAA